GGAGGGAGGGCGGCGGAGAGGGAGCAGAGAGCUGAUUUUUAUUUCCUACUGGAUCGUGAAGGGGAGGAGGAGGCAUGGAGAACGAGUUAUUCUGGUAACAGCGCAGAGCUUGUUUGACAUCGCGCCUCUGAAGGCUUCCGGCGCCAAGUAAAUCUGUUUGAGCGUCGAGAGGAAGAGAGCCUCGGUCAGUUCCCCGCUGCAACCCUCUCCGGCUGGACAUGAAAGUGCAGCACGGCUGCAACUCAUCAGACAUGGGCAUCCCGGUUAGAACCGAAGAAGAGCUGCGCAAGAACACAGUUAUAACACCAGAGGAUGUGCUGGGACUGCAGAAGAUCACAGAGAAUUAUCUUUGUGCUCCAGAGGAAAAUGUCCACAUGAUUGACUUCACCCGGUUUAAAAUCCGUGACAUGGAAACAGGGACGGUCCUGUUUGAGAUCACCAAACCUCCAACACCAGGCGGUUUAAAGCAAUGUGACCCCAACACCGGUCGAUUUGUUCGAUACCAGUUCACCCCAGCUUUCCUCCAACUACGACAAGUUGGAGCCACAGUGGAGUUCACAGUGGGAGACACCCCCAUCAACAACUUCCGUAUGAUCGAGAGACACUACUUCCGCGACAAGCUGCUAAAGAGCUUCGACUUCGAGUUCGGCUUCUGCAUGCCCAGCAGCAAGAACACCUGCGAACACAUUUACGAGUUCCCCACGUUGUCCGAGGAAACCAUGCGUGAGAUGAUCCAGCACCCUUACGAGACGCAAUCCGACAGCUUCUACUUUGUGGACAACAAGCUGGUGAUGCACAACAAAGCAGAUUAUUCCUACUGUGGAGGGCCGUAAGAAGACCAUCUCCGCUCCUCUGAUUCGAGACAUUUUCAGGACCAGAAACACAUGAACUGAUGGACAAAUCACUGGCUUUAGAUGCUCAUUUAUCGCCCCUGUUAGCUCCGCACAUUCCCACUCAGGCUCUUAGCCGCCUGGACAAUCAGAUUCCUCUUCGGGAGGAGCAGCAAAGUCUGCCAUUUCGCGUCAGAGUACAUGGAUGGAAGCGUGUGGGCAGCACAAACAUGCCACUGAUUUCAGUCUGCGUAUGUGGGCUCAGCUUCAUCAGGAAAAGAGAGGACAUUAUUGUUUUUCUGUUCUUGUUUUAUUUUUUGUGUUAGUUGGUGGCUGGAAAAUAAGCAAAACCCCACUAUGCAAGCCCAAGAAAUAACACGGUUCAUUUUUUAUGGCAUUUUACAAAUUUACUGCAUUUCUAUAAGAUUCAGCAACAACAGUAGUUCAUGAAAUGGACUGAAGAGAGAGAGAGAGACAAAAAAAAAAAAAAACAAGCGUUACAGUGAUCGCCAAGAAACCUAGAUGCAGGUUUUUCUGCUGGUUCUUCAGUUGUAAAAGUUAAGAUGUCUAUUGCAACACAAGAUGCUGUCAUAUUCUGUGAAAGUACUUCCUCCUUCCUCCAGGACAGGACUAAUCCCUCUCAUCAACCAGUGUCUGAAUUUACUUAAAACCUACAGCUGUAGAAAUACAAUCUCUGUCUCAGUUUAAGAAUAUUUUUCCGGUAUUUUUGCAAUACACGGAAAACCCUUUUACAAUUGAACGAUGCAAACAAUUCAGUCUGACCAGGAAACGUUUUUAUCAGCCUCUUGAGCAGGAACAAGCUCCUUCUUGUAACGUUUGUAGAUGUUUAGGCUAUAAGACAAACUUUUAUCUCAAUCACCUUCAUCAAGAGUACAAAAGUAUUUACAUCCAAUAACUUUAACCCAAUAACCAAUAAUUUUAUCGUGUCACAUUAAAACCACAGACUUUGGUGUAUUUUACAAGGAAUUUAUGUGGCAGAAAAACAUAAAGUAGUGCAAAAUUUCAUGGGUUUAAUCAUUUUCUAACGGAUACAUUUUCUUCUACAUAUGCAUUUAUAUUUAUGUUUUGUCCUAGAUUGAUGUGUACUCAUCUGCAUCCAUUGUCCCAUCAUCUCUGCCCAGCUUCUCUGUCCCUGCUAAAACACCGCACAGUGGGAUUUUACUGUCGCCAUGUUUCACUACGAAAUCCGAUUUUUAUUUAUAUUUUUAAAAAAAAGAAAAGUAUGCAUACUUUCCCUCCCACUUUAAAAACAUGCACUACUUUGUGUCGCACUGUCAUAUGAAUCCAAAUAAAAGACAAGAAAGUUUUCAGUUGCCAUCCGUCCAUCCGUUAUCUUCCACUCGAUCCGGGCUUGGGUCAUGAGAGAAGCAGCCUAAGCAAAGAAGCCCAGACGUUUUGUUCUCCCUCCCCAGCCACUUGGUCCAGUUCCAGUGUGUCCUGUAUCUUCCUCUGUGUCUCCCGCCAGUGGACAUGUCCAGAACACGUCAUCACAGAGGCCCGAGACACCACCUGAACUAAUUCCUCUCGAUGUGGAAAAGCAUCGGCUUCCCUGUGAGCCCGGAUCCGCUCACCGUUUCUGUGUGUGUGUGUGUGUGUGUGCGUGCGUGCGUGCGUGCGUGCGUGCGUGCGUGUGUGUGCUUGUGUGUGUGUGACAGAAAACCUGCAGACUUUACUCAUUACUCCAGUUUUCAACUAUAACAUUAUACAAAAUAUUUUUUUAAAAUGUUGUGAAUACCUUUGCCAGGCACUGCUCAUGCUCUCUUCAAUAUCAAGCUAAAUUAUAAACCUAGAUCUUUUUUUAAUCAUAUAACAUCCAUAUAGUUUCUCUGUGUGUGUGGUAGUGGAGCCACUGAUAUCUUCUGCUAGCGUUUAAAUAAAAUAGAAUGUUUUAUUUGCAAAGACGUUUUUUUUUUUGUUUGUUUUGAAAAUGUUCCAACUGAUUAGAUUUAGGAAAACUACAAUAUACAGAAAUAAGAUGCAAAUUUUGAAAUAAUCAAAAGUAUAUUUGCGGUUUAUAGUUUGAUGGCAUUUUUACUCUUGUAGUUACUUAAAAUCGUAUUAGCAGACAUAUCUAAGUGACUCUCUCUUCCGCCUGUGUUCUGUUGCUGUCCAGAUGACUGUCUCCUUUGUCUUUGUGAGAAUUUGAUUCGAUUCAUGUCUUCAGGUUGACUUUGCCGCCACGACAGGAAUAUUUUUAAGAGUCAGGAAACAUCAGAGGCUAACAUACACUCAUCAAUUUUGGUUUAAGCUCUUCUUUUUCUAGGGCUGAAUCUUUAUACACAAAUAACUAAAUUAAAAAACACAAGAACUGGGUGUAUAGAUUUCAAUUUGUCACAGAUUUUCUCUGAAAUAAAAAGUAAUAAUCAUGAAUAAAGGCUGUACAUGCAUUACCUAAAAAGAUUUAAAUAGGUGGUGCUGACAGCUCUGAAAUGUCUUAACUUGACAAGACAACAGUUUUUGGUUUGAAUGUUUUGCAUUUAUUGUCCACAGAGAGGCACUGGGCAUGUAGAGAGAAAGAAAUGAACACAUUCAAACUGAAAGGAGGUAAAGGAUGCUUCCUGAAAAAAAAAAAAA